GGUACGCGGCCAAGUUCAGCUUCCUGAACUGCGGGGAGCUUGGCGGGCGGUCGCUGCAAGCCGGGCGUAGGCCGCAGAGGUCGCGAGUUCAGGCGUCCCGACUCCCGUGUGACUGUCGCGAUGUUUUUCUCCCAGGCCGGGGCCCGGCCGCGGAUGUGGGAAGCCAGCCCGUCAGAACACAAGAAGUGGGUGGAAGUAUUUAAAACAUGCGAUGAAGAAAACAAAGGCUAUCUAAGCAGAGAGGACUUUAAAGUUGCUGUUGUAAUGCUGUUUGGAUACAAGCCCUCCAAGAUAGAAGCUGAUGCUGUGAUGUCCUCAGUAGAUCUAAACACUUCCGGGAUAUUACUUAAGGAGUUUUUAGACAUUGUAAGGAAAAAGAAGGAAGCUCAACUAUAUUGGAAUGAAAUAAGACACAUCUUCACAGCUUUUGACAGGCACUAUCGUGGAUAUUUAACUCUGGAAGAUUUCAAAAAAGCAUUUAAGCAGGUGGCUCCCAAGUUAUCGGAAAGGAUUAUUCUCGAGGUAUUCAGAGCACUUAAAACAAGGAACUGCAGCAGAAAGAUAGCAGGAGGAGCCUACCCCGGAGGGUGCCUCAGGCUGGCAGCACCUGGAAGGCGAGUGCUGGGUGUUUAUGACUCAGGAAGAGAACCCCCAGCUAUAGUGUUUCCAGGAAAACAUUUGACAGGAGACGGUUCACUCCUCAGCUCUAUGGGUGAUGAAGAAACUAUUGCCAAAAGCAAGCUAGAAGAUAAAAGUAUCAACAGUUACAUUUCUUGUGAAAUAAAUGUAGGAACCAUUUCUUAUCUGUAGGUGCUAAAGACUGUUCUACCUACACAGUCACUAUUUUUCAGCAUCUUAAAGUGUUCCAGACUGUUCCUCACUGAUGUCUUGGCUUGACACAUUCACAUAUGAGAAUUUCAGAAAAUUGAAUCUGACUGUGAUCAAGUUGGCAGAGUUCUUCACUGGCUUUAUUUGACAUUGAUUUGUUGGAUUAUUCUUUAAUUAGUAAAUUAGGAGUACACAUAAAAUUUUCCAUUUCAGUGUUAUUUCUUCCCUUUUAGUUAUUUCCUGUUCUUUACUCUAUUUCUUUCCACCGAGCCUGUGAGUGCCCCUCUUUGGCCUGUGAGUUCAUUUUGGGUAGGAAUCAUUGAAUCCCUGGAGCUUUGGACAGUGCUCAAUAAAUGUUUAGUGAAUGAAUGAAAACAACAUUUCACAUAUGAUUAGAAAGAAAUAAUAGAGAAGAGAUUAGGUAUAAAUACAUGUGUAUGAUUUUAAUUUUCACAUUUUUUUUUAAACAAUCUAUCUUACUAAAGCAAUUUCCUGCUAGUUUUACCUAGUCAGGAGCUAAUCUUGAUUUGAAGGAGGUAAGAUUUAUGAGCCUCGCAAAGAACUUUUGAACAUAAGUUAUUUUGUGAGACAGCCCUGCUAUCUGUGACAUAUUAACACGUUUGACAAUGUGGAUGAUCACAUUUUAAAAGAUCUUUGGCUUCCUCUUCUGCAUAAUUAAGUUCUUUUCAGAACAACUUCUGCAUUGUAGAUUCUACAUGUGUAUUUCCGACCGGUCAACACAACUACGAUUUGAUCAUGAUUACUAGCUUUUCAAAGCCUUCCUUCAUUUCCCAGCAGGCAGCUUCCUGUCAGAAUUCAUUUCCCAUUUGGAAAAUCUCUCUCUGACCCACAGCUUUCUGGAUACAAUUCAUCCUUCACAUACUUGAGUCUACCCAUUCAUUGUCAUCCAUCCUUAGCUCCUCAGAUGCCAAAAGACCCUUUUGUAAUUGGAGUGAUAAGAUCCCCUAAAACGUCAGGGGAGAGAAAACUAAGAAGAAUAUAUAAAGAUUUUUGU